UAUAACAAGUGGCUUUGAUAUAACAAAUAUAAAUAAUAAAAUUAAUAUUAUUUGUGAUAAAAAUAAUUUAAAAAAUUCAAAAAAAUUAUUAUUAAAUAAAAAUUUAAAAGACUGUGAUUUAAAUAAAAAUAAAAUGUUAUUAGCAUCAGAUAAAACAAAUAAUACAAAUAAUAAUGAUAAAAGUGCUAUUAGUAAUAAUAAUUAUAAUAAUAAUAUAAAUUCAAAAAAUAAUUAUAUUAUUGAUUUUAAUCAUAAAUUUGUUAAAGAUUAUAAUAAUAAAACAACAACAAUAAUAAAUAAUAUUCAUAAUCAUAAUAAUAAUAAUAAUAAUAAUAAUAGUUAUAAUAUAAUUAAUAAUGGUGGUGGAGGUGGUAGCAGUGGUAAUAAUAUUGUUAAUAAUUCUAAUUUAAAUAAUAAAAAUUUUGUUAAUAUUAAAAAUCAUGGUGUUGAAAAAUGUAAUAAUUAUACAAAUAUGACAGAUAAACAGCAACAAUCUCAACAACAACAACAACAAGAAAAUAUAACAAAUGUACGUUAUAUUUCUGAUGAAGCUAUUACAUUAAAACGUAAUAGUAGCGGUGAAAUAUCAAAAGCUGCUAAAGAUAAUACAGAACGUAGUGAUUCUGUUGUUAUUGUACCAAAUGAUCGUGAUAUGCAAUUUGAAAAAGAAAUUGAAGAUAUAUCAAAAAUUCGAACAACAAGUCACUUAUUACCAGAAGAUCGUGUUGAUUGCUCACAUUUUGAGACAAUUAAAGUGCUUGGAACUGGAGCUUAUGGUAAAGUAUACUUAGUGAGAAAGAAAACUGGGACUGAUUGUGGAAAAUUAUAUGCAAUGAAAGUUUUGAAAAAAGCUGCAAUUGUUCAAAAAAAGAAGACUGCAGAACAUACUAAAACAGAAAGACAGGUCCUUGAAUUAAUACGCUCAAGUCCAUUUUUAGUAGAAAUGCACUACGCAUUUCAAACAGAAGAAAGACUCUACUUAGUUUUAGAUUACGUUAGUGGCGGAGAACUUUUUACACAUUUAUAUAAAAAUGAACAUUUUACUGAAGAUGAAGUCCGUAUAUAUAUAGCAGAAAUAGUUUUGGCCUUAGAACAAUUGCAUAAAUUAGGUGUAAUAUACAGGGAUAUUAAAUUAGAGAAUAUAUUAUUGGAUGCUGAUGGGCAUAUUGUAAUAACAGAUUUUGGUUUAUCAAAAGAAUUAUCACCAGGAUCAAAUGAAAGGGCAUACAGUUUUUGUGGUACAUUAGAAUAUAUGGCACCAGAAAUUGUACGUAAUAAUUCUGGACAUGAUACCGCUGUUGAUUGGUGGUCAGUAGGUGUUUUGACUUAUGAACUUUUAACUGGUGCAUCACCAUUUACAGUUGUUGAAGAACGAAAUUCUCAACAAGAUAUUUCAAGGAGGAUAUUACGGAUUGAUCCACCUAUACCGAACGAUUUAGGAGCUGAUACAAAAGAUUUCAUAUUAAAAUUAUUAGUUAAAGAUCCAAAAAAGAGAUUAGGAAAAAGUAAAGCUGAUGCAUCUGAAAUUAAAUCUCAUCCAUUCUUUAGGAAAUUAGAUUGGGAAAAAUUAGCCAAAAAACAAAUAAAAGCACCAUUUAAGCCAGUUAUUACAAAUGAAUUAGAUACAAGUAACUUUAGUGAAGAGUUUACAAGUCUUCCAUUAAGAGAAUCUACAGCUAUAUCUCCACCAAAUUCAAAUAGAUUAUUUAGAGGCUAUUCAUAUGUGUCACCGAGACAUAAUUUGAAACGUAAUCCACAAUUGCAACAUCGGGAACCACAAAAAGAAAUUAUUUCUAAUAAAUGGACCAUAACAAAUGCUGAAAAGCAAAACUCUGCAUUCUAUAAGGAAUAUGACUUAAAUCCAGCAAUUAUUGGUACUGGAUCAUUUUCAGCUUGCUUUAAAUGUCGUAGAAAAUCCACAAAUGAAGAAUUUGCAGUUAAAAUGAUACGUAACUCACAUUUCAAUCGUGAAGAAGUUCGUAUAUUAAGAAUGUGCAAUCAUCCACAUAUUGUUAGAUUACAUGAAUGCCUUACCGAUAGUCAUUAUACAUAUAUUGUUAUGGAAUUACUUGGUAAUGAAGAAUUAUAUAGUCGUAUUAAAGCAACAAAUGGUAAUGGAUUGCCAAAAGAUAAAGUAAAAUUAUAUUUUUCCGAGAUUCUAGAUGUUAUGUAUUAUUUACAUUCAAAUAAUAUUGUUCAUUGUGAUUUAAAACCCGAAAAUAUUUUGUUUAAAACUAAAAAUUCUGAUAUAUUAAAGUUAGUUGAUUUUGGUUAUGCACAUUAUUUAUAUAAUGACACAGAAUGGGAAGAUAUACCACAUUUUACAUUAGAUUAUGCAGCACCAGAAUUAUUAAAAUCACCAAAAGUAAUAUUUUCAAAAGCAUGUGAUAUUUGGGCAUUAGGUGUUAUAUUGUAUACAAUGUUAUGUGGUCAAUCACCUUUUCGGCAUAAUAAUAAUGAAAGUAAAUAUGAUAUAAGACAAAAUAUUUUAGAGGGAAAUAUAAACAGAGAAACUCGAGGUUGGAGAAGUGCAAGUGAAGACUUAAAAGAUUUAAUAGAAAAAAUGUUAACAAUAUCAUAUCGUAAACGUGCUACAAUUGAACAAAUAUGUAAACAUAUAUGGGUAAUAAAUACUCUUAGAAAAUCAGGCUCAAAACAAUUACAACAGGAGCAACAACAAUUGUAUCAACAAGAUGAUAACUAUUAUUAUAUUUACGAUGAUAGAAAUAAUAGCGAUGAAGUUCAAUUUAUUGAAGAAGAAUUAUUAACAUUUAAUUCAAUGCCACAACAGAAACCAAUAAGAGCUUAUAAAAAUCAUCAUAACACUAAUUUACUUGAUUAUUCUCCGCAACAAAAGAAAACACAACAUGAGCAAAAUAUAUAUCAAUAUCAUCAUAGUCAUCAGCCCAUAGUUAUUGAAAAUAUUAAACAACAACAACAACAUUUACAUCGUAAUAUUCAAAAAGACUCUAAUUCAUCAAAUAUUUCAAUUGUUUCAAUAUCAACUGAUAGUAGUCAAGGUGGUAUAGAAAGUGAAGGCGGUACAACAAGUGGUUUAGGACGUAGUAAAAGUUCAAAUGCAUCAGUUGAUCGUGCUACUUUAAGUUUUGAUAAAACUCCAAUUACUGAUAAUAAUAAUGAUAAUAUAUUAUAUGUUCCUGAUAUGGAGGAAAUUGAAAAAUUAACAUUGGAAAAACAAAAAGAAAUAAAAAAAUUAAAUGAAAUCAAUAUUAAUAACAUAGAUGAAAAUGGUGGUGAAGAAUUUUAUGGAUUUGAUAAAAAAGAUAAUAUGAAGAAGUUUGAUAGAUCAUCAAUACAAGAUAUUUUUAAAAAUGUAAUAGAAAAUUUUAUAAGUGUCAAAAAAGAAAGACAAGAAUCAUUAGAUAGUGAAGAAGAUUUUAUUGGAUUUAAUAAUAAUGAAUUAAUGCAUUUUACAAAAAAUAAUCAUUCUAUUCAAAUACCUGAAUUACCUGUUGUAAAACCAUUAGAAAUAACAUCAACAGAAAUUGCAUCAAAUGAAUUAUCAAACAGAACAAUAGCGGUACCAAAAAGGAGAGGACGAAAACCGAAACAUAUGAAAAUUAAUACAAUUAGUGAUAGUUCAAAAACAACAACAAUUGAUAUGGAUAAAACUAAAGAUAAUAUAAUAAUUAAUAAUAUUAAUAAAAAUAUCAAUAAUAUAAUAAGUAGUAAUAAUUAUAACCAUAUUGAUAAUACAGAAAAAUUAAGUUCAAAUAUAAGAGAUAAUCAAAAUAAUGUUAGCAGUAAAACAAAAACGAUUAUUGAAAAUAAAUUAAAUAAAGAAAUUAUUAUUGAAGAAAAGAAAAAUGUAGAACAAGUACAAAAUUGGGGACCUAUGACACGAUCCAGAAGACGUCGUGAAGAAAUAUCAGAUCGUAGCGAUUUAUUUAAAGGUUAUAAUCCAAAACGAAUGAAAAAAUGAUUUUUAUUUAAUUAUAUAGUUUAUUAUUAUUUUUAUUAUUACCAUUAUUAUUAUUUUUAUAAAUAUUUGUGCUUUUAAUGUGUUUUGUCUUUUUUUUUUUAUGUAAUUUUUAAUGAUACAAAUAAUUUGUUGAUUGAAGAAGAAAAAAAAAGUUUUUUUUUUUUAUUUUUCCCAUGUUUGCAUACAUUUAAAAUUUGUUUAUAUAUAUUUGAUUAAGAAUUCUGUUUUCUUAUUAAGAAUAGUUAUAUAAAUACUUUAAAAUUUGUAUAAAUAAAACUUAUAAAUACUUUAUUUUAUCGUCGUUUUGUUUAUUUUUAUUUAAGGAAAUUAAAUUUUAUGUAUUCAAAAUACAUAAUAUAGACAUUAGUAUAUAAAAUAUUCUAAAUAUUUGCUUUAUGUGUUGUCAUACACAUAUAUUAUAUAUAUAUUUUAGUUUCGUUUUUCUUAGUUUUAAUUAUUA